AAUAGACCGUGAUCCCAUUCAUAUUGCGUAGGAUCUUCCAUCACCCAAUUACACGCAGAUAUAUCAGAUCUCAGCGUCUAGAACCUUCCGGGCUUACUAAUACUUUGCCUCCUGGACUAGAAAAACAUUGUCAAAAUUAUUCAUAUUUAUAAAACAACAAUGAUACAUUGUACAGUAAAAUUUAUCUCUUAGCCAAAGGAAAUGAAUGCCUUUAGCCGUCUGUCGUAUCCUGUCGGUAACUAUGUACGCGCGGAACACAAAUGUAUCGCGAAAACUGUUCUGUCUAGCGUCCUAUAUACCGUGCUAGACGUUCAAUGUUGUCAUAAUUACAUAACACACAUGUAUAUGGAGGAUUUUAAAACCACCGCCAUCUAUCGACCUAAGUUGUCUAAUACGCGUCGCAUGUUAGUACGUCUACAUUGAAUACCAUUAAUUACGUGUUAAAGUUGGCUAGCAUCUUUAAAAUUCAUCAAUACGGAAGCCACUAUAGGACAAAAAUAGUACUAAGAGCGACUCGUGAUAUUGGCAUUGUCCCGAGUUUGCUCAAAUAGUUUCAACUCUAGUUUUUUGUCGUCUAAAAACGCUUAGGAGAUGCGGUCGUUUUGCGCCCUUGAAACGAACGCUGAUAUUUUUAGUGAAAUUUUGAAAGAUGCCCGUGAUGUACACUCGCGCCUCUGAGGUGCAGCAUCAACGUCGCCACUUACAUCCGCAUAAGUUCCGCAAGUACUCCUUGCAAGAAGGAGGCAGAGUUGGUGUGUUAUUACCGAAUCUACCUAUCGGAGAAAGGAAUGCCCUAGCAUCGGCAACAGAAGAAACGUUACCUGAGGCUGAUCAAGACGACCUUCGCAGCCACCGCAGUGUUGACCCUAGAGCGUUGCGUCGUCAUAAAAUUCAACCAAGGGGUUCAACAGUCCACGUCAGCAGAAAAGAUGGCGGAGACAAGACCAUGCAAAGUUUAUUUACAGACACCAUCAACAAGAAAUUAUUGGACCACAGUCCUCAUUCGGUCUUCGUUCAACUCGAUGAGUUGUUGGCUAAUGAAGAUGGUGACUCGGAGUGGAAAGAAACUGCCCGUUGGAUCAAGUAUGAAGAGGAUUUGGAAGAGGGGUCAGCUCGUUGGGGUAAACCUCACGUUGCCUCUCUUUCUUUCCAUUCUUUAUUGAACCUGAGGCGUUGUUUGGAGACCGGAGUUGUGCUUCUUGACCUUGAAGAAAAGGAUCUACCUGGUGUUGCUUACAGGGUGGUCGAGCGCAUGUUCUCGGAUGGAUUGAUAGCAGAGGAUGAUAAGGCCGUGGUGCUGCGGUCGCUUCUUUUACGUCACAAACAUGUCCAUGACGAGAAGUUCCGAUUUUCUAUAAGUGGCCGAAAACAGUCCUCCUACACAAGUUUACAGUCGCUGUGGUUAGAAGAUCAGGGUCCACCUGGGCCGGGUGGACGAAUUCGCUGUUCAAUUUGCUCCACCACCGGGUCCUGCCGAAGACACAGCACUCAUCUUAUCGUACGGAAUACUCCUAACUUGUCAGACUUCAAACGUCGGCAGAGUACGCAUAUGAUUAUAGGAGAUCGAUUGGACACACGUAAAAAAUCGUCAGCAGCUGGUUUAGAUACACGUGAAGUUGAAUAUCUAGCAGCUGCCGCAGUAGAUUCUCAGGAUAAAUUAAGACGACCCCAUAAUGAUUCUAUUAUGAAAAGAAUCCCCGACGAUGCUGAAGCUACUACGGUUCUGGUUGGAGCGGUCGGGUUCCUUGAGCAACCUACCAUUGCCUUUAUACGACUGGCUCAUGGCAUCCUAAUGCCUUCCAUUACGGAAGUUCCUAUUCCAGUGCGAUUCAUGUUCAUUCUUCUUGGACCAACAACUGCGCAACUUGAUUACCAUGAAGUUGGUCGAUCGAUUUCAACACUUAUGUCUAAUCCAACUUUUCAUUCGAUUGCAUAUAAAGCUGAAGACCGACACGAGCUUCUAUCGGCUAUAAAUGAGUUCUUGGAUGAUUCAAUUGUUUUACCACCGGGUGAUUGGGAGCGACAAGCUCUGUUGCCUUUCGAAGAACUUCGAGCUAAAAGUGAAAUGAUUCGUCGCCGUAAACGCGAUGCAAUAGAAAAGAAACGUGCUGCAACUACGACAACGGACGAAGCUUCUCCUAUUGAGGAGAAGAAAGCAUUAUUAAUUGCUGAAAGUGGUGGGCCGCCAGAUAAAGAACCUGAUGAUCCACUAUCUAAAACGGGACGUUUGUUUGGAGGAGUUAUACGAGAUAUGAAGCGACGUUAUCCGCAUUAUGUUUCGGAUUUCCGAGAUGCCCUAAAUGGCCAGUGUGCAGCAGGGGCUAUAUUUAUGUAUUUUGCUGCACUCUCAUCGGCCAUCACCUUUGGAGGACUACUAGCAGAAAAGACGUAUAACACUAUAGGAAUCUCGGAAACUUUGGUUUUUACAUCGGUUGGAGGCGUAUUCUUUGCAUUGGUUGCUGGCCAACCAAUGAUGAUCACAGGUGCCACAGGUCCACUCUUACUCCUGGAUGAAUCCCUUUCGAACUUCUGUCACUCGUACGGUUUUGACUUUCUUGCAGCGCGGAUGUACUGUGGUUUAUGGAUGAUCGUAAUAGCUCUGCUCGUGGCAUCUCUAGAGGGAAGUGUAACUGUCAAGAAAAUUACUAGGUUCACGGAAGAUAUUUUUGCGUUCCUCAUUUCUAUGAUAUUUAUAUCAGAACCGAUUACAAAUAUUAUUAACUUGUAUCGAAUGCAUCCACUUGGAUACGAUUAUUGCCAGAAAGAAAAUAUAACGAUUACUCCACCAAUUAUUAAUUCUACAUUAUCAGAUGGUUCAACAAAUUUCACGAUGCCAUUACCUCCACCAAAGCACAUUAUAUCACCGCAACCAAACACAGCGCUCUUCUGCACUAUUUUGACUCUUUCGACAUUUAUAAUCGCUUACUACCUUCGCAUAUUCCGGAACGGUAAAUUUUUGGGUCGUAGUGCACGUCGUGCGCUUGGAGAUUUCGGGGUCCCAAUCGCUAUUAUUAUUAUGGUGGGUGUGUCUGCAAUUGUACCUGUCUGGACAGAAAACUUGAAGGUCCCCGACGGAUUGAGUCCUACAGCUGAUCGUUCUUGGCUUGUACCACUUAACCCAGGUCUAGAAACCAUUCCCUUUUGGGCAAUAGGAGCCAUGGUUUUACCAGCACUUAUGGUUUACAUCAUCGUAUUCAUGGAAACGCAUAUUGCGGAGUUGAUUAUUGAUAAACCUGAGCGCCGUUUGAAGAAAGGCAGCGGUUUCCACAUGGACAUAGUUGUUAUGUCGUUGGUCAAUGCAGUUUGUGGAAUGUUCGGAGCACCGUGGCAGUGCGUAGCUACAGUGCGAUCUGUCAGCCACGUUUCAGCCUUAACAGUGAUGUCCACAACCCAUGCACCCGGUGAUAAGCCACAUAUUGUUGAAGUUAAAGAACAACGUUUGACCGGUCUGUUAGUAGCAAUAAUGGUGGGAGUGUCUGUGCUUGCCUCGGGUUGGCUACGUCUCGUACCAAUGGCAGUGCUAUUCGGAGUUUUCUUAUACAUGGGUAUAUCGGCUUUAGGUGGAAUUCAAUUUUGGGAAAGAGCCAUUUUACUUCUAAAACCAGUUAAACAUCACCCGCAAGUGCCCUACGUUAGACGAGUACCGACUAUGAAAAUGCAUCUCUUUACUUGUAUCCAAAUUAUGGGUAUCUGUGUUCUUUAUGCUGUGAAAUCAUCGAGGAUUUCUUUGGCUCUGCCAUUUUUCAUAGUACUUAUGAUUCCAUUGAGAAUGACAUUGGUUUACCUCUUCACACCUCUGCAAUUACGAGCGUUGGAUGGUGCGCAAAAGGAUAUUGAAAAAGAUGAUGAACCAGAUUUCUACGAGGAAGCUCCUCUACCAUGAUAAAUUAGUAAUAAAUCGCCCACUUUCAUGUUACAAAUUAAUUUUUUACUCUUCUUAUAAGGCAAUAGUCAACUGUUUUUAAGAUCGCCAUUGUAAUCCUUCUGACAAGUUCUCUUUAAAUUCAAUUAGUAUUAUUUGAUACAGGCUAAAAUAUAUAGCAUAGUUUUUUUGAAAUAUCGCAUUCAAAGAACAAUUAUCGCUUAAUACGUUUUUGUAAUUUUGUUUAAACAUUUGUAAAACGAAUUUAGACGAGUGUUUUUGUCAAUUUAUUAAGACUAUUAGAACAGUCUUUCAAUCUGAGCUUUUAAAGCUUGUAUACAUAGAAAUUGAAAACAUGUUGGUGGGAUGGUGUAAUUGGAUAGUUUUAUGUAGCUAUUAAUAGCUCUCACAAAGAGCCAAAGUAGGUGCCAAAGAUGCCAUAACAAAUAUGGGUGUUUAGAUAUAAAUUUUAACUAAAACAAAAAUCAAUAAAGCUUAAGUUGUUUUUUGGAGAUUAAAAUAAGGAUAAUGUAGCAGUAUUAAGGUACCUAGUAUUAUUAGAAAAUAGUGUCAUUAUGUGUAUUUAAUAUAGAGUUUAGACUAUGUAUAAUUCAGUAUAGAUCCCAGCACGUGAGUUGGCAAAGGUCACUGAACAAACUUCUCACCACACCAUAAUCUUGCCAAAACUCGCGCUGAGCCCUAUUCUCUAUCAAUUUUUAGCAAAAUAAGCACAAUUUGUACAAGUCACGAGUGUGUAGAAACACAUUGCGGUUAACUAAAUAUUACAUACAAAUUUCUCAUAUAUCAAUAAUUUUGGCUAAAAAAAUUUACUACACAAUUGACUAAUUUUUUCAAUUUAUAAAACCAAUAAGUUUACAAAUUGAACAAGGUCUUUAAAUUGCGAGCAGUUCGUGAAUGUGUAAUAAGAAAGUGUAAUCAUCUAUGAAAUAAAACGUCCAGGAAUUAUUUAUAUUUGAUUUCGAUUCAAAACUAAACUAUAGUAAAACUACAACAAUUGCACCUGUUAAUAAUGAGCUAUGUCAUAAAUAGUUUAAAUUAUAACGUUUCCUUGUCAUGUAAUUGUAAUACUUCAAUUUAUUACUCGGCUUACACAGAAUGGACCCCUUAAUUACAAAAAGCUUUAAAUUAUUGACACCUAUGAUUAAUGUCUACGAAAGGGCUUAGGGCUAACUAAUAAGUUAAUGUGUUAAUACAUAAUCCCAACUAUAGCUCAAUUCAAUGUUUUGUCUGUAACACUACUUAAUCUUUGAAAGAAAAUCAUUACAAAACAUUAGUGAUAUAAUUAAGCCUAAUAGUAUCUAUAUUAAUUAGACCGUAAGAACUUGACACACAUUCCAAUUAUAAAUUGUCUAUGAGACGUUAUCAAGUUGGUUGUAAUAUUAUGUUUAGCUAUAGUAUAUUUCAUUAAAAGUGCGUAAAACUUGGUUGACAGUCGGAAGUUGCAAGGACGGUUCCGUACAUGUACUGAACAACUAUUUUUAAUACAGUUGCGAAAAAUUGAAUCAAAUCAUUAAAUCUGAUAUUGAAACAAAGCAGUAGCUUCUUUUUAGAAAUAUUUGCAUGAAUCAUAAAAACAUCUAUGAUUUUUUUUUAGUAAAAACUUCGUGGUUGGUUUUUCUUUUUAAUAGACAUUAUUUAGACAGUUGGGAAAGAAAACGCACUAGUUCGGAAAAGGUAAAGAAAAAGCACAAGUGUGUAAUAGCCACUUUUUGAGCAACUGUAUUAAAACAGUACAUUCUUAAAUUCCCUAGAAUUCAUAUAAAUCAGCUAAAUUGCCCUUUUUAACUGUAUUACCCAUUCAUCUCUUUCUGUCAAAUUGUGUUAAGGCUGUGAUGAAUAGAGAGAUGAGUACUUUAGUUAAAACAGUGCAAUUGGACUGCAAUUUUUUCAAGUAAUUAAUGGUUAAAUUUAGAAAUAAUCCUACUUAUUAUUCUACUUUUAGAUUUUCGUUAACAAGUUUGUCGUUGAUUCUAAGUGUCAACGUCACAACAUAUGAUACCAAUUUAUAAUAGAUUAAUUGUAUUACAUGAGAAGACUUGCUGUAAAUCUUAUUUUUUAAAUCUUAUACAUUAUAAUGCGCCGAAAUUUUCAAAGGAAAAUUGAGACCAGGAUUGGUUAUCAUUGGGGUAACAUUGAGACUGUUUUGUACAAUAAUUUUGACUAUUUCAUCUCAAUUUCAAAUAAUUUUAAUUUUGAAUUUUGAAAUUUUGGUUUUUCGUUUUAUUGAACGAUGGCAAAACUUGACGAGAAAUUACGGGAGCGGCUGAGAGCGAUUAGUACAUUAUGCUCCGUAACUCCUCUUAUUUCGCAUUGCUAGCACUCGCCCCGUUUAUCUCGCUUAAGCUGACUGCUAAACCUCCGAUUCAGCUUCGAGACGUAGUGCUAAGUAUGACAAAGACAUUAGUUUUAUCUUCACGCUAAGUUUCCACUCGGAAUGUUGACUUAAGUGCAAGCAAGUCGCCGCUCGCGAUAGGCUGUCGACGAGUAGGUAUCGCGCAACAAUAAAAUUGAAUAAAUGUAAAUAUACUUUAUGAUAAAUAUGACAUUUUUAUGUAGUAAUAUAAUGAAGCACUGUUAUAAAUUAGCUUCUGUUAAGUAUAUUAUUAGCUUAAUAUGUAUUCUUUCGAGUGAAUACAUAGUUCUUAAUUAAACAUAGAUCCUAUGCUUAAUUUGCUGUAGAGCUACUGUAUGAAAGAAAUAAUUGAAUUUAUAUCAAUUUGUGUUAUUUCUGUAUUUAAAUAUACAUGUGUAUGAUUGUCGAUUUAAGAAAAAUAAAAAUAAACAUCAA